GCUGGGCGGGCGCCAUCUUAGCGCUCCUCCCGCUGACCCCGAGGCGCCGCCGUUCCGCACGGCAAUACCGGAAGUGCUCCAUUGCCGCCAUGCCCAAGGUGGUGUCCCGCUCCGUCGUGUGCUCCGACACCCGCGACCGCGAGGAGUACGACGACGGCGAGAAGCCGCUGCACGUCUACUACUGUCUGUGCGGGCAGAUGGUGCUCGUGCUGGACUGCCAGCUGGAGAAGCUGCCCAUGAGGCCGCGGGACCGCGCCAGGGUGAUCGACGCCGCCAAACACGCGCACAAGUUCUGCAACGCCGAGGAGGAGGAGACCGUGUUCCUGAGAAGGCCUGAAGGCAUCGAACGGCAGUUCAGGAAGAAAUGCGGCAAGUGUGGGUUGCUGCUGUUCUACCAGCACCAACAGAAGAACGCGCCCGUGACCUUCAUUGUUGAUGGUGCCGUGGUCAAGUUUGGACAAGGCUUUGGGAAAACCAACAUAUAUACACAGAAACAAGAGCCUCCCAAAAAGGUGAUGAUGACCAAACGGACCAAAGACAUGGGCAAGUUCAGUUCUGUCACCGUUUCCACAAUUGAUGAAGAGGAGGAGGAGAUCGAAGCAAGGGAGAUUGCAGAUUCCUAUGCACAGAAUGCUAAAGUGAUUGAGAAACAGUUGGAACGCAAAGGAAUGAGCAAAAGAAGGCUACAGGAGUUGGCUGAGUUGGAAGCCAAGAAAGCCAAGAUGAAAGGAACACUGAUUGACAACCAGUUCAAAUGAAGCACUCCACAUCUGCUGUGUCUUUGGAGACAAGUGGAAGCUACCAGAAGUUAUUGCAAGUCUGUCAGCAAAGGCAACAUUCAAGAUGUGUGUGCAACCAGCUUGGAAGAUGAGCACCUCCCUGGUGUAGUUGGUAACUCUGCUAUGAAUUUUGAUAAUUGAAAUAGCUUUGGAAACUGUGGAAACUGAACAUCUACACAAUAGCAAGCUGCUGCAGACAGAACAUUUACUUGUCAGAAAAUCUUUGCUGGGUGCCUUUGGGAGUUCAGUGCACCUUUAGAUACCUGUCUUUUCAUUUUGAUGGUUUUGAAACGUAGCAGAAGCCCAUAAAUGUAUUAGACAGGUCAACCAUACAGCAGAAUCGUUACAAAAGUAAGCUUUGUUCAUUGGGAUAUUUUAAAAUGUGUCCAAAACAUGCAGCAUUCUUAGAGAUGCGCCAUUUCAAUGCAGGCUGGAAUGGCUCUGGAGGUCUGGGGGUGUGAACAGCAGGCAGGUGUUGCAGGUAAUCAGUAUGUGCUUGGCCGUGGCUUUAAUUCUUAGCCACUGUUGAACACUGGAAAACUGCAGCUGUAUGGAGUUACAUUGCUGGCUACUAGAACAUGAAAUCCAGCCCUGUUUUAUACUUCUGGAAACAAAGCCUGCCGGAGUAUUACACCUCUAAGGAUAUAAGUAGAUUGCUGGGAAGCACUGAUGUGACUGCUGAUGGUGUAAAGCAGAGCUCACAUGCACCUCUGAACUCACCAGCUGUUGGAGCUGUGGAACAUGAAGAAAACUGUUCUCAGUACAUUGACACAGCCCUGGACAAAGACAGUGUUAAGAAUUGGUGCAUAAAAUAACUCGUUUGGGAAAUAAUAUCCUUUUAUGUACUCUUUUACAUCUUUUGUGAUGUGAUAACAGUACUCCCCCCAGCCUGUGUCACUGUUACUUGGGAUUAAAUGCCAUUUAAUGGAUCUGAACUAAAA